AUGGAGACCCGCGUGUCCCCGUGCUCUUCGCUCGAGCCGAUUCGGCGCCGACUCAGAGUGCACCAGCUGUCGCCUUCGUCGUCUGUCGAGCGCGAUGCUGUCCAUACAGCCGAGGAGAAAAAGCCGGCAUGGCCCCGCGAAGAAGGCGACGCUGCCGAGGGGAAAAUCGGCCUUUGCGAGACUCCUCCGAAACCCUGGAAGCGCCUGAAACGCGCCGUGCCGACCUCGCCAACUCCCCAGCCACAGCUCCCCGACACACGCGAGGAAGAAAAGCCGGAAGCGAGUCUCGUCUGUUCUUCGGAGGCCUCUCCCUCGUUGGGUUCUCCCGUUUCUUCUUUGUCUCCUUUCGGCGAGAAACCCGGCAGGAGACUCGUGCGGCCGAUCAGGACCCCCAGCAGAGACACUUCCGUGAGCGAAAGGUUGACAGAGAAAGAGGGAGAGGGGGAAAAUGCGGGAGAGGAAAAGGAGAAAGACGGAGCGGAAGAGAAGGAGAGAGACGAGAAGGAGAGAGAGAGAGGGGACAGAGAGGGAGAGAAGACCAGUGAGUCAGAGUCGACGUCAGUCUGGAGCCUGAGCUCGCGAACUUCGCUCUCUUCCGCACCGUCGACCUGCGGUGGAGGAGACGAGACGAAAAGGACGGUCCGGAGGCGGCUCUUGGGGGGUACGUGCCGCAGGAAAGUCGGGAAGAGGAAGGAGGAGCGUCGCGCCGGAGCUCGGGUUCGCGAGGGAAGCGAGGCUGACAGCAGAAGAAGCGGGGGCCGGGGUCUGAGUGGAACCGCCGCAGCGAACAGGCAACAGCUGAUAGAGCUCGCGAAAGAAAAGAAGCUUGCUGAAGAGAAGAAGAUGGCUGAAGAGAAGAAGAUUGCUAAAGAGCAGAAGAUGGAUGAAGAUGCGAGAGAGCGCGAAUGGAGGGACGCGCUCGAAAUUCGAAAGAGUCGCCUGUCGGCGCUUACAAAACGCGUUCAACGCAACUCGCUCAGGGCUCGGUUCGCGCACAUCGGCGUCGACAUUCAGGAUGAAGAAGUCCAGAAGGAAGAAAACGAAGAGGCCGAGGAACCAUCAAACUCUGGGGAACAUCUUCGUCGCCGAGGCAGCGGAGCGCGGCCGACUCCUGGGUACCGGUUCCUCGCCUUCGCGAGCGACAUGUGUCCUCGAGGGAGACGGCGCCAGCGUGAGGCGGAGCGCAGCGUCUCUCGGAGCGACGCAGAAGAAGAAAGCGACUUUAUUGUCGAAGACGGAGAGGGAGAAGAACAACCAACUGGAGACGACGCGAGCGACGAAAUUCUCGCCGACUCGGAGGAAGAACUGGACACGGGACAGGAGUUGGCGAGGCGUGCGAGCUAUGAGCGCCGAGUGAAGAGAGAAUCCGACCAAAAGUUGGAGGAAAAUCUAAAGUUGGACCAGGCGUUUGCGCGAUAUGUCCAGUUUCUCGUCUUCUCGCUCUUGUCGCCGACGCUGAACUGUCCCUUCCCCACUGGACCUGCUGACCGCCGCGCCGCAUGCAUGCCGAAGACGUGGCACACGCGGAAGUUGCCGCGGGAUUUUUUUCUGACGGCAGUGAAGAAAAUCGAGGGCCUUAUGCCAGUCAUGCGUGCAACGAAGGAGACGACCGCUUUUCCUACUUGGCUAAAAUUCAUUUUGAAGGAGCAUCCGGUGUGCACGAUGCGCGAGCUAGACAAGACAGUCGACAUGGCGCCUCAAUCUCCGCUGCGGUGUGUCGUCUGUGGGCGCAUGAAGGGGACACGGUACUGCGUAGUUCUCGAGGGGCCUGUGUACGAUUCAGAUCUUCUUUACCAAGGGGAACUGGGAGAGUGGCACGUGGCCAAUGGUCUCGCGUGGCUCGGGCGAGAUGCCUUCCCAUAUGCUCCCGAUCCCGUGUGGGACUUGCUCAAGCAGGAGGCAGAAGAAAUGAAACUAAGGAAGCAUUGUGGUCAGCAGGUCCGGGCGUGGCACAUGGUUCACCACUUUAAACACCGGUUCUUGAAGUUCAUGCACUCCACGAUCAAGGAGUUUUCUCCGUGUAUAAGGCGAUACCCCGAGAAGGUCGCGGAGAUCUUUGACGAUUUGUGGAGGAAGCAGUGGUACGAGCAAUGGUGCAUGGAGGUGAAGAACCCACGAGCGACUUGA